AUUUCUUUUCACAUUUUUGUUCGUGAGAAAACUAACUGCAGAUCAGCUGAAGUAAAUCCGAGUGAGAUGUUGAAGGGACAGUUAGUCGUUUGUUGUUUUCCUUCUCUCCGAGUGCAGCAGUGGUAGUUGGUAUGCAAAUGAGAUCCACGCUUGGGUACCUUAUAAAUGCGCGGAUGUGAUUGGUUAGCUGCUGGCUGUCAGUCAACCGUAGUGGGCGUGUCCGGCGCGCGGUGUUUAGGUGCAUUAGGUGUGUGUGUGUGUGUGUGUGUGUGUGUGUGGAAACUCUUGCGCGCGCGCUUGGCGUGUUUAAUGAGUGCGGGACAAUCAUCGCGGGAGCGUUGCUUAACUUUCUCCAACUUUAUUCACACACACACACACACGCGUGCGCACAGAGGGAACCUCAUGCUGUGUACAAACUCGUGUGUGAGUGAGUGUGUGUGUGAGUGAGUGUGUGAGUGAGUGAGUGAGUGAGUGAGUGUGUGUGGGUGGGUGGGUGGCGUUUCUUCACUUGGGUGUCAGAGUCGCGUUAUUUUUUUAAACCAAACUGACCCCCAGAGUUUGCUGUAAUUUAGUUUUUAUUCCUCUGUCGGUAGUGAUGGCCGAGGCGGCGCAGCAGCUCCAGCCGCUGGACUCAGACCCGGAUUUCGAGCCUUUUUGCCGGCCGCGAUCAUGCACCUGGCCGCUGCCCAGACCCGAGUCCUCUACGGCGGCUUCGGGAGCGGAAGCAGAGCCGCGGGACCUGGACUUCAUGGGCGGUUUGAGCUUGGCUUUGCUGGAGGAGACAGAGACAGAGACGGAGGACAGGAAAGCGCACGGGUUUCGGUGCGAUGAGGCGCGGCAGCAGCAGCAGCAGCAGCAUCCGGCUCUGCCGGCCGCUCAGGUGCAACAGGUGCCGCAGCAUCAUCAGGUGCAGGUGCAGCCACUUUCAUCCUCUUCAUCCUCUACCUCCUCAUCCUCAUCCUCCACAUCCUCGUCGUCGUCGUCGUCCGCGCAGAGGAAGAGCAGCUCGUGCCGGAGGAACGCCUGGGGCAACAUGUCGUACGCGGACCUGAUCACGCAGGCGAUCGAGAGCUCACCGGAGAGACGCCUCACCCUGGCGCAGAUCUACGAGUGGAUGGUGAAGAGCGUCCCGUACUUCAAGGACAAGGGAGACAGCAACAGCUCAGCCGGCUGGAAGAACUCGAUCCGUCACAAUCUGUCUCUGCACAGCCGCUUUGUGCGCGUACAGAACGAGGGCACGGGGAAGAGCUCGUGGUGGAUGCUGAACCCCGAAGGAGGAAAGAGCGGUAAAUCCCCGCGCCGCAGAGCCGCCUCCAUGGACAACAACAGCAAGUUCACCAAGAGCCGCGGCCGAGCCGCUAAGAAGAAGGUUGGCCUGGACGGCGGCACGAACAGUCCCGGUUACUCGAAGUGGCUCGGCAGUCCUAACUCUCACAGUAACGAUGAUUUUGAAGCGUGGGGAAGUUUCCGGACGCGGGCCAGCUCGGACGCGAGCACGCUGAGCGGCCGGCGCUCACCUUUCCUCCCUGAGGAGGACGUUAGCGAGGGAGGAGAACUCCACCUCGGAUACCAGGCCACUAAAUUAGCCUCCAAAUUGCCGAGUCUGUCCGAGGUGACCGGCUCUUUCGGCUCCAAGAACCUGAUGAUGGAGAACCUGUUAGAUAAUCUGAACCUGCUUUCGCCCAAGAGCAGCUCAGACGCUCCGAGCGCUCAGUACGCUCCCUACAGCGCAGGCCAGGACUUCCACAAGUGGCAGAGCGGCGUGAGCAUUAACGCUAUGACCAUCCAGACUCUGUCGGACAGCAAGGUGGCGGGUUAUAACCCCUACAUAGGGCAGUUUAAUUGCCCUACUGGGCUUUUAAAGGAACUCCUGAGUAACGACGGCGAGCCCAGAGGAGACGUUCUGCCCCCCAUGGAGGCAGCAGGGCCGCAAGGAGGGAGAGUCUUACCUCCCUAUAAUGCUCAAGGGCACAUGGGGCAAGCAGGAAAAGCGAUAGGCUCACACACACACGCUCACACACACGCUCACACACACACCUCUACAGCAGUGGGCAUGAACAGGUGUGCCCUCCUGCCUCAGGGACAUCUCGGUCGUCAUGGCAACAUGAAGCCAUACCCUCACCUGGCGCACAUGGGAGGAGGAGGAGGAGGAGGAGGAGGAGCUAUCGAUUCGGCGCCGCCCAGUUACUGCAUCGUCAACAGCAACGGUUUCCACAGACACCCUCCGGUCCUGCAGCAUCAUCACCACCAUCACCAUCACAACCACCUGGAGCGGUUGCCUAGCGACCUGGACGACAUGGCGAUCGAGCGGCUGGAGUGUGACGUGGAGAGAGUGCUGCACGACACGCUGAUGGACGGAGACGCGCUCGACUUCAACUUCGACCCGGCCGCCAGCCAGCAGGGCUUCACACACACCGCUGUCAAGAGCAACACACACAGCUGGGUGUCGGGGGAUCAGAAGGCACUUGCACCAGUUGAUAUAACUGUUCUCCAUGACAGACUGCACCCGUUUAUUUACCCCGUGUGAAGAUUCGGAUUAUAUUCGGACUUUCAUUUAAAACCUAAAUACAGAAGAUGCAUCGUUUCCUGUUGCUGAUGUUACGGAUUUUAAAAGUGUCACAUUCGGCAGUUACGAAGCACCGCAAAUUCUCCACAGCUCUUAUUUUAACUCUUUUCAACCUGUAACAGAAGAAACACAUUUUUCUUCUGCGAUUUAACGUAUGUCUGAUUGAAACUGCAUAUUUGUGUGGGCGGGACUUUUGUUUUUUUUUUUAGUUGGAAAUUGAUUGGCGUUUGAAAUGUGGGCGUUUCCCGAAAAACAAACAUGGAGUCGGCUGUAGACGCUCGUCUCUCUCUGCAGUUACUCCACUGACGGUUUUUUUUUAAUUCUGUGAAACUAGAAACGUCAUUCUCACGAGGAAAAUGUCUGUUUUCAGCGCAAACGCUUUUCUUCUCUCAACAAACUGACACGCAAAUGUAUUUUUAAAAAAAUUAACAAAACAGAUGGUUUGUUUUGGCUAGGUGUCGGGGAGGGGAGGUGAAACAUGACAGGAAAUGAUUGGUUGAUAUAUUUUGUCCCUCCCACAGUUGUACAGUGAUGUAAUAAAAUAAAAAAAAAUCAGAGGACGUUUAGAGGUGGGAAAAUGUCGCUGGAAGAUUAUGGAGGAAAAACGUGAUUAGUGGAGAUCGUGAGUAAUUUCACCAAGAACUCGAACUAACGAAGAAGAAAAGGUUGGUUUCGGUUUCAGGUUGUUUUUUGUACAUUUUAAUUAGCUUAAGUUGAACUGGUGCAGCUGGACGUUUGUCCUCGCGACAUCUUCAGUCCCUGUAAUGUAAAUCUUUAUAAAACACACACACACACACACACACACUUUUAUUUCUUUAUCGUGCCUCUGAAGUUGCAUAGUUCUUCAUUUUUUUUAUAAGCAGAAAGAACAAUGAGGGAAAAAACCCACGGUUUUAUGAUGUAAUGUCGUUUAUAAACAAUCUAUUUGAUAUUUAAUUCACACUGUGUAUUAUAAAACACUGGGAGAUUUUCUUUUUUUUUUUUUUUUUUUUUUUUUUUUUUUAUUAUUUCAUCUAUUUAUUUCUGACCAAAAAACCUUCGGUGGCACUGAGAGAUUGAGCACUGCUGUUUCUUUCUCAUAAAUAUGUAGAUAAUAAUUUUGAACAUUAUUGCGUUAUGUGGAUUUGCAGUAGGUGUAGUGUUAUUGUAUUAAGUUCCUGUUUUUUUUUAAAGUCAUUUGAAUCGUAUGUUUAUAAUUUGUGUAAAAUGUCUUAACUUCAUUGUAAGCGUGUUGAUGAAUCGGAUGUUAAUUAAGCGGCCGGAGUUCUGGUCUUUACUACCUGGAAUUUUUUUUUUUUACAAAAAUUGUGUAAAAGAUCAAAGUGCCUGUAGGACGCAAAUCCAGUGACGUUGAUGACCAACGCUGAGCUGUAAUUCAACUGAGACAUUUUACUGAGACUAAGUUGUUCUGUAAAUUCCUGACCUACAUAAAUGAUCUCAUGAAAUAAACGAGUCUCUGGAUUUA